GCAUGGUUUUCAUGGUGAGUUUAUUUUGUCGUUACAGUAUAUCGUGAUUUUUCCUACCUCUUUUGGCUGCAUUGUAGCUAACGUUAGCGACAUAAUAUUACUAUUAGCAGUUAGCUUAACCUAAUAGCAUGUCACCACGGACAUGACAGCGGGGCAGAGACGGGGUGCAGUGAAGUCCUGUCGUUAAAAGUGGAGUUGGUUGUGAAUUGUGAGGUUUUUAUGGGCCAUUAUGUCCACAAGGAGGAUGAGGAAAAAGCCUAUAGAUGAUGCAAAGACAUACAUUCUGUCUUGCACUGACAAGGAUGGGUUUAUGCCGAGAUUCAUUGACCAUUACAAAGGAAGAGGAGUGUUUGCCACACACCCCAUUGAACCCGGGGACUUCGUGUUGGAGUACAGGGGUAAACUCCUCACACAGGUGGAAUGCAAGUCAAGAAAAUACUCAGAGAUUGAAAGCACAUUUCUCUUUGACUUUCAGUGGCAGAAUCAUCACUUAUGCCUGGAUGCAUCUGAAGAAGAUGGAUCUCUCGGAAGAUUGGUCAAUGACAACCACAAAAAUCCAAAUUGCGUUAUGAAAAAAAUCAUAGUUGACGACAAACCACAUUUGUGCCUUUUUUCUCUGAAGAAAAUAGAAAUAGGAGAUGAAAUUGAUUACAACUAUGGCGAUUCAAAAUGGCCUUGGCGCAGUAAGUUGAAAAAAAACCAAGCUCCAGCCGCAGCAUUAGAGAAUGAGACUAGCCCUGUUCCUCAGAUGCUAAAUGAUGGACCAAACCCAGAUCAGACCUGCACACAGGUGAAAGGCCUUCAGACUCCAGCCGCAGCAUUAGAGAAUGAGACUAGCCCUGUUCCUCAGAUGCUAAAUGAUGGACCAAACCCAGAUCAGACCUGCACACAGGUGAAAGGCCUUCAGACUCCAGCCGCAGCAUUAGAGAAUGAGACUAGCCCUGUUCCUCAGAUGCUAAAUGAUGGACCAAACCCAGAUCAGACCUGCACACAGGUGAAAGGCCUUCAGACUCCAGCCGCAGCAUUAGAGAAUGAGACUAGCCCUGUUCCUCAGAUGCUAAAUGAUGGACCAAACCCAGAUCAGACCUGCACACAGGUGAAAGGCCUUCAGACUCCAGCCGCAGCAUUAGAGAAUGAGACUAGCCCUGUUCCUCAGAUGCUAAAUGAUGGACCAAACCCAGAUCAGACCUGCACACAGGUGAAAGGCCUUCAGACUCCAGCCGCAGCAUUAGAGAAUGAGACUAGCCCUGUUCCUCAGAUGCUAAAUGAUGGACCAAACCCAGAUCAGACCUGCACACAGGUAUUUACUGUCCAAGGAUUUUCACUGGUUGAUUAUCCAUAUAGUGAUGAAACUGAUGAGGAUGGUAUGGAAAACGAACCUCCCACCCCACACCUGGAUGUCAUUUUAGGGCAGAAUGAUAUUGGCCCAGAUGUUUCAAAUCAUUUGUACGAUUCAGAUGAAACUGUUGUGAAAGAAACUUGUGAUGAGGCUUCUCCAAGCAACCAUUCCAACAAUCAAUCGGAUGAUGAACUUGUUCCACCACUGAGACGCACAAAAAGCAUUAUGAUGGAUAGAGUACAAGAUUUUACCCACAGUCUCUAUGAUAGUGACAGCCCAGAGGAGACUACUUUUUUUAAGCCUGAAAGGGAUUCACAGAAGCUGAGAAGAAGGUCUUGCCGUCCCAUUCAGAUGAAUCUCAUGGAAUCGGAUGACUCAAACUUAGGUAGCGAAGAGGAGUAUAUUCCAAAUCCCAUAGAUGAAAGCACAGAAAGUGAUAGCAGUAUGGAAUUAACCCUGGGAAAGGAAAAAAAGAACAAAGGUGCAUCAUCCAGUCAGAGCAAGUUUAAGCCCAGAGAGAGAAGUAGAUCCUCCCGAGAGAGUAGAAGCGAGUCCUCCAGACAGAGCAAGUCUAAGCCCAGGGAAAGUGGAAGUAGAUCCUCCAGAGAGAGUGGAAGCGAGUCCUCCAGACAGAGCAAGUCUAAGCCCAGGGAAAGUGGAAGUAGAUCCUCCAGAGAGAGUGGAAGCGAGUCCUCCAGACAGAGCAAGUCUAAGCCCAGGGAAAGUGGAAGUAGAUCCUCCAGAGAGAGUGGAAGCGAGUCCUCCAGACAGAGCAAGUCUAAGCCCAGGGAAAGUGGAAGUAGAUCCUCUAGUCAUAGCCAAUUUGACUUUAGCCAGAGAAGACUUUUGGAAAGAUGUCAUGAUCCCACACAAAGAUUUCCAAAUAGCAGAGUUGAUGGGAAUGAAAAGGAAAUCGCAACAUAUUCUGAAAACAACGUUUCAGUGCCCCUGGAAGAAGAGCAGUAUAUCAUUGUCAGUCCAACUUUAAAGAAAGAUGAUGGAUCCAGAAGCUAUAACAAGAAACAUUUCUGCUUUUAUUGCAGGAAGUUUGUCCAGAAAAUGUCAAGACACUUGUGGCGUAAACACCAAGAUGAAUUGGAUGUUGCGAAAGCAUUCAGUUUUCCAAAAAACUCAAAGGAAAGAAAACUACAAUUGGACUACAUACGAAAUAAGGGAAAUUUCGAGCACAACAGUCAUGUUUUGGAAACACAAAAAGGAAAACUAAUCCCAUGUAAACAACCAGGAAAAAAAUCAGAGGGACAUAAAUUUGCACAUUGCAUUCACUGCUAUGGGCUGUUCUCAAGAAGAGCGAUGUGGCGGCAUUUCAAGGUCUGCAGCUUCAAACCCGAAAGUACUAAACCAGGUAAAAAUAGAGUUCAGGCAUUGUGUGCUUUCGCUGAACCUUCUCCAUCGGAAUAUACAGACGCGUAUUGGAAGUUCUUGAGUGUAAUGAUUCAGGACAAGAUUGCAGUUGCAAUUAAAGGAGACAACUGCAUCCUCAAUUAUGGUUUCAGGUUGUUCAAAAAGAAUGAGAAGAUAGUCAGUCAACACCAGUAUAUACGCCAAAAACUGAGAGAACUUGGCAGGCUUUUAUUGGAAGCUAAAAAAAUCACACAUGUGAAGACCAUUCAAGAACUCAUCAAACCUGAACAGUACUCCCAGGUUGUCAGAGCUGCAAAGAACCUAUCUGGAUUCAGUGAGGAAACUGGCAUAUACCAAUGUCCCUCUCUUGCACGCAAGGUAGGGCACAGCCUGCAUUCGUUGGCUAUGUUUAUCAAGUCUGAAGGACUGAAAAAGAAAGAUAAAGAAACCAUUAAAGAUGCUGAGGAGUUUGCACAGUUGUAUUUAGAGAGUUGGAGGUUUGAUAUUGCAGGCCAGGCAUUAACCCAGCUUAACCGGGCCAAAUGGAAUGCACCGCAACUUUUACCUCUUACACAAGAUAUCCAAAGGCUACAUUGCUAUCUAGAAGAAAAACUGCAGCAACAUCUCAAAGAUUUAAAAGAACAUCGUUCAUCCACAAAUUGGAAGGAACUUGCAAAAGUAACGCUGACUCAAGUUAUGCUUUUUAAUCGGCGGAGAGCAGGUGAAGUGUCCCGAAUGCGCCUGUCUGCAUACUUAUCGAAGGACACAUCAGAGGAACAGGGAGAUGUAAAUUUGGCCCUCACAGCGCUUGAGCAGAAGCUCUGCAGGCAUUUUGUGCGAAUAGCAAUUGUUGGAAAAAGAGGAAGGAAGGUUCCUGUUCUUCUAACCCCAUCAAUGAGAGAAUCACUUGAUGCUCUUACUGAGAGCAGAGAAGAAUGUGGGGUGCUGAAGGACAAUGAAUAUCUGUUUGCAUUGCCACAAUCUGACCAUUACCUCAGGGCUUGUGACUGCUUGAGGCAAUUUGUCAGUGAAUGUGCAGACAUAAAAAAUCCUCAAGCGCUAACAUCAAUUCAACUGAGGAAACAUAUUGCUACCCUGUCUACUGUUCUGAACCUUAAAACCACCGAGCUCGACCAGUUGGCAGACUUCCUUGGUCAUAAUAUCGCUGUUCACAGGAAACACUACAGGCUCCCAGAAAGCACCCUACAAUUAGCCAAAGUAAGUAAAGUCCUUCUGGCAAUGGAACAAGGACGCCUAGGAGAUUACAAAGGAAAGAGCCUCGAUGAAAUACAAGUCGAUGUAAAUGAGACCAUUGACAUGGAGGGACCUUUAGCAGAGGACAUUGAAGAUGUCAGUAUGCUAGGAGAAGAUGGGUCAGAUGAUGAGGUCAGCAUGUCAUCCACGCAAGAAUGUACCUCCACAUCACAAAGUCAAAACCAGGGAGUGUCUGCCACCGAUGUCAGUAUGCCAAGAGAAGAGGGGUCAGAAGAUGAGGUCAGCAUGUCAUCCCUGCAAGAAUGUUCCUCCACAUCACAAGUCCAAAACCGAAGUGUGUCUGCAAAAAAGAGAGGAAAACAAACGGCCGUCAAAAGAAGCUGGACCCCAGACGAGUGUGCUGCAGUGGACACACAUUUGAGGAGAUUUAUUGUAAUGAAUCAAGUUCCUGGUAAAGAAGAGUGUCAGCGCUGUAUUACUGCAGAACCUCAAGCUCUCAGAAACAGGGACUGGAAAGCAGUUAAAUAUUAUGUUAAAAAUCGCAUUACAGCCCUGAGAAGAAAAGUCUAGUGUACCUAAUGGAACUGAGGUAAAACCAAAACAUUAGAGGUAGGAUCUUAAAAUGUUUUGUAUUUGGUUGUGUUCUGUUGUAACCUUGUUGUUGUUGUUGUAGGGGUUUGCUCAGGUUUUAUGGCUGUCCAGUGGCCUACAAAUAUACAGUUAUACAAUAUACAGUUCUUAUUUAAU